GGGUGGCGCCCUAAGCAACCUUCACCCCUCCACCCCACAAAGCUGUCAGUAAAAGUUGUCGAGAGUGGAGGAUAGGCGGUGCUUUCAGCUGUCGAUGCACCCUGGGCUAUUACCCAUAUUAACCUGGCCAGAAUCCGCCACUGCAGAAACCGGUUGAAGUGCACCAGCUGGUUCAAAGAUUUUAGAUCUAGUUUCACAGUUUAAUAGUCACCAAAUUAUAUAGCAACGUGGUAUAAAGAGUAACAAUCCAAAUGGUUUGUUUGUUGCGUAACGUCGUGUGCAGGCAACAGGGUUGGACUGGUCAUCUGGCAUACCGGGCAUUUUCCCGGUGGGCCGGACGGGGAGUUACCUGCACGCGAGGUUAGCGGGGGGUGGCGGCGCCAGCAUCGCCGAAUGCGAUCGCUCUGUGCUCUUUAUCGUACUACCUGUUUACCUAUUAGUUAGGGUGAAGUGUUUUGGGAGAAAAUAUAUAAGUGCAAUAUUACUAAGCCAGGCUUUUCUGGGCUCUGCUGUUUCCUGGCUCCAUGCCAUCGGGAAGCGCCUUUCGUCUGCAUGGAAAUCACGGUUAUCUGUCAGAAGUGCCGCAACACCCGAAGCGUCAUUUCUGUUUCGGCAAGUUAAAAAUGUAACACCUUACUAACCCCCGUGCAACAUCAACAUCGAUAAUAUACCACGAUAAGCUGGCGUAUAUAACGGGUACGCAGCUUGUGCGCUUAAUGCUUCAAUUCCAGCUAUAUUAAUAAAAGAAAUGAAUAAAUGUUGCCUUUAUGGGUUUUUACAGUAGUUCUUAGACUGUUUCUUUACUUUUUUUUUGCAAUCUCCCCCCAGAAUUGUGUUCCUGCCGUGGAAACAAUUGCGUUAUUGCAGCGGACAGACAGCGAGGCGGCGGCGCGGUGCGGCCGUCCGGUCAGUGGCCGCGAUCGGUCGCUUGGCGGCGAUCUCGUUGCCUUUUUUUGCUGCAGGCUCCUGCUUAAAACGAGGCGCACUUUGCCGCUUCUCUGGAAAGUUCCCUGCCCUUCCUCUUGCGAAGGAAAAAAGAAAGAGAUUUAAGUAUCGGCAAAAUCCGCCUACAAGGGCUCCGGCUGCGCGCCCACCGAGGCUAUCCAAAGGAAAGUUCUAGCCGUGGCUGCGCAGCUCAGUCUGCGUGACUGCUGACAAACUUCGCCGCAGCAGAUGGAUGUUUGCAGAUGAAGCUGCUGCAUGCUCACCCACUUAACACCAAGUAGUGCUGCUGGUAGCGGUGAUCUGCUUUUUCUGGGCGUGCUUCUCCAAAAAGCCAGCGCAUAGUGCCCCCGCAGGUUUGCGCACGGCGGCGUUUGAUCCCACCGACCCGGGGAGACACAUCUCCGGCAUGACUGCGGAAAAAGUGACCGACGGCGACGCAAGGCGCACCUUCCAGAUGGAGGGAGAAGAUAUCACUCUAAAGAAAGAUGGAGGGGUGCUUAAGCUGGUGAAGAAGCAGGGUCAUGGGGCAGAGCUUCCAAUGACGGGCGACAAAGUCUACCUGCACUACGUAGGCACCUUGUUGGACGGCACCAAGUUCGACUCGAGCCGCGAUCGAGAGGAGAAGUUUUCCUUUGAACUCGGCAAAGGUCAGGUGAUCAAGGCCUGGGAUCUGGGCGUGGCCAGCAUGAAAGCAGGAGAGGUGUGCCAACUCAUCUGCAGGCCUGAGUAUGCAUACGGGCAGGCCGGCAGCCCGCCAAGCAUCCCGCCCUGCGCCACACUGAUCUUCCAGAUGGAGCUGUUCGAUUUCCAUGGCGAGGACGUCACGGAGGACGAAGACGGGGGCGUCGUUAAGCGAACCAUCACCAGAGGGGGGGGACAUGCCAAACCCAGCGAGGGCUCCCCCGUGCGAGUGACUCUGGAGGGUUCGCUGGGGGCCACCGUGUUUGAUCAGAGGGAGCUGAGCUUUGAGGUGGGAGAUGGAGAACGUCUGGGCCUCCCUGUGGGCGUGGAGAAAGCGAUAAUGGCCAUGGAGGAGGGAGAGGAGUCGCUCUUCACCCUCACGCCGAAGUACGGAUUUGGAAAUGCAGGGAAUUCCCAGUUUAAUAUCCCGGGUGGAGCCAAGCUUCAGUACAGGAUUAAGUUGACGUCCUUUGAGAAGGCCAAAGAAUCCUGGGAAAUGGAUACAACAGAGAAAGUGGUGGAGAGUGGGAUCGCGAAGGGGAAAGGGACUCAGUACUUUAAAGAGGGGAAGUACAAGCUGGCGGUGGGCCAGUACAAGCGGAUCGUCGCCUGGCUGUCCCGCGAGUCUGGCCUGAGGGGGGAGGACGAGCGGAAGGUGCAGGCCCUGCAGCUAGCUGCCCACCUCAACCUAGCCAUGUGCUACCUGAAGAUGCACGAUGUAGGCAGGGCGCUGGACAACUGCAACAAGGCUCUGGAGCUGGACGACACCAAUGAGAAGGCCCUGUUCCGGCGUGGAGAGGCCCUCUUCGCCAUGAAGGAGUAUGAGCGAGCCCGGGAUGACUUCCGGAGGGUUCUGCGGCUGUACCCAGCCAACAAGGCUGCCAGGACGCAGGCGCUGAUAUGUCAGCGGCAAAUUCGCGAGCAGAACGAGAAGGACAAGCGUCUCUACGCCAACAUGUUCCGCAAGUUCGCUGAGAGGGACGCCAAGUUACAGAGGGAGUCGUGCAAGAAUGGGAAGAACAGCGCACUGGACUUCGAGGAGUAUGGGAAGCAGGACCAAAUGGCCACAUGAGACCCUCUCCUUUUGUCCAGUUCCUGUGUGAUUUUUAUUUUUUAUUUUUUUUAACUGUACAGCAUGUCUGUGUGUCUCGAGCUGUUCGCUGUUCAUGCUUUCUGCAGCUAACGGAUAAAAGCCGUGCUUUGUGCUGGAGUCUUAAUAUUUUCCGUACUGCUGAACAUAGCUGUAGCCUCAGCCUAAUCAUUCUUACAACCUCCAUUGCCUUCGCUGGGCUUGCUGACAUGUUUAUAGAUUCCAUUGUUCUCUGCUGGCGGGAAGAAAUCCUCUUGUCCUGAGGCAUCAUCUGAUUGGCUGACGGUCUCGUUCCGGUCACCUGACCGACGACAAUCCCGACGCCGACUCAAGGGCUAUUCCUUCGGGUUUGCUCGUCCUCGCUGAGAAUGUGAGGACCGGUGACCUCCACCCAAACCCUUGCCUUUCUGCUCCACGUGAGGCACCAGCCGAGCAGAAGAUGAGACGCAGUCCCUGGGAGCAGCACACAGCACCUCGCGUGCUUGGCGAGCGAGAGACCAAAGAAAAGACGGUUUUGGUGCUACGGACAUGAGGGUCAGACCUCGUGACAGCAGGUGACUGUGAUGUAGUAGCAGUGGGUUGUUUUUCUGUAAUAUGCAAGAGAACCUGUAGCAUGUGUGUUUUCUGGUUUUCUGGAUGAUUUUUACGUUCUUCUUUUCGGUGUAUUUCGCGUGUAAGCUAUUUGUAAACUCAUUUGUAUGGUGAAUAUUUAAGCUGGGAUCUGCAGCCGAUUUGAAGGUGCAAACCAGUGUCCCUGCGCCCUUGGCAUGGAAAGACAUGGCAGCUAAUGGCCAGGGCUGCUGCCUCGGCUGUAAACGGCGCCGCCGGAACGAGGGGCCGGAUUGUCGAGUUACUGAACAUCCUCUGUGGCCUUGGCUGCAGCCCACAUCUCUAUGACCUGCUUCCUCCGGGUCUCACUGUGCUAUGAGUGAGGCCUGCACAGAUCUGCUGAAGGCAAUAAAUUUCCUCUCCCCA